GCUGUAGAACAUUGUCUGGUGACCACAGAUUGGAUUAGCUUUUUUUUUUUUUUUCUGAAGCAGUUGUCAUCACCAGCACCAGAGCAACCACUGCUGGCACUCUCAUAAAAGAAGCCCCACUGGGCUGUGUUGGAAAGCACUAGAUUGUUUCUGAGCAGUCCACGCCGACCUCGUAGCAAAAAAGCAAGGUUCCCUGUGAAUAUAGCUAACAGUUAACGGUUUCUCUGCUUCUCCUUGCUGAGCUGGACUGAUAAUGGAACUGUCUUGUGAGUCAGUGAGGUAUCCUGAGGACAGAAGACCGGCCAGUUGCAAGUUUGUGGAGCUCCAUGUGCUGUAUGUGCCAGAUGACCAGUGGAAUUUGAAGCUUAAUAAAGUCCCUACUGAAGCCAUAGAGAACUUCAUAUCAGCCGGCUUUAUCAGGGUUUAUCCUGACAUCACCUUGAGAACUCUGAGAAGCGAGCUGGGAGCUCUUCUUGGUGCUGAGAGGAGCAUCCACAAAUUCUCCUUCCUGAAAUGUGUGGGGCGCAGUUUGGCACUGGUCAAGAGCACACAGGAGAGGGAUCUGAAAGUGAAAAGCUUUGCUCCACCAUAUGCCCCAGAGCCAGAGCUUUACCUGCUGCCCACUGUGGAGAACGACAGCAGUGUUUGCUCCCAGUCUCUCAGCCCAGACACCAGCAGCAGCUCUCCGGACCACCAGACCUAUUACCAACCUCCCAAGACGUGCAGCGUGCCAGCAGGAACAAAGGAGCCUGUUAAAUUCCCCCUUAUCCCCCAGCGUUCCCAUCAGCCACCUCCCACCCCAAGCCUUGAAGAGGAGGAGGAGGAGGAAGAUGAGGAGCAGAGCUAUUGUUCUUCAGAGGCAGAAGUAGAAAACGAAGAGAAUAUCUCUUACAACAAGUUAAAGUGGGCAGAGCAGGAAUGUUGCCUAAGGAAGCCUCAGAAUCAAAGGGCCCCACAGCCAGUUUCACAGAAUAAAGCUUUACAAGGGUGCGAAGGUGAUUCUGCUCAGGUGAAGGACUCACCAGAAAACAAAGAAACAUGCAAAAAGAAGAAACAGUACCACAGACAGAACAGAGUGGCCAGAGAUUUAGGAGUCGCCCAGUCUCUGGAGGACAGAGAUUCAGGCUUCUCACUCAACGACGGGCUUGGGAAACCAAAAGAUGUACAUGCACUUAAGUCCAUCCGGAAUAAACCAACAAGUGGAGUGACAAAAAGACCAGCUGUGUUGUCUCGGUCUGUUGGGCUUACCGCCCCUCCUUCAGGACUAGAUUUGGCCGUGGUCACUCAAAAAACGACAGCCUCUGCUGUCUUUCACACAAACAGAGAGGAACUGAUCAAGGAAAUCAAGCUGGUGAGGGAUGAGAGAAAGCAGCUGGAGUGGACAAGGCAAGAGUUACUAAGAAAGGGGAAAGAUUUGUUGGCUCAAAAUCGACACCGCAGGAACCAAGCACGUGACAGUUGGAAAAAGAAAUAUUUUGAAACCAAGAAGGCUACAGCACCACUGGAGGAAAAUCUGAGAAACCUACGACAGGAGUUGGAGACAUUUUACAACAAAUUGUUGCACCAGCUCCAGGCAAGAGACAACAGAGGGAAGCUAAGACGACAGGGCAGAUCUUCCAUAAAGAAUGAGCUCAUCAUUCAGAUCAUGACAGAGAGCCAUGAGAUUGACAACCUGAAGAGGAAGGUAGAGGAUGCCAAGAUGAAGCUGGUAACAGAGAUAAAGUUGAGAAAACAGGCUGCCACAGAGCUGAGGGCCCUGAAGGCUGAGCUGGCCCAGAAGAAAAGCCAGUCCUCUCCUCCUGGUCCCACAUCCUCUCUUUGUUUUGGAAAUACCACACGGGAUAGACUGCAAGUUCAAAGCCACGCCAUCUACUUCAGUACAUACAGAACUGAACAAAACCUUUGAUGGGAGAGCA